AACAUGGAAGACGUGGGGACACAGAGGUGACACAAAGCCACAGGGCCACCAUGGGGACAUGAAGCCAUGGGGCCACCAUGGGGACAUGAAGCCAUGGGGCCACCACAGGGCUGUGAGGACAGAGGUGACACAAAACCAUGGGGCCACCAUGGCGACACAAAGCCACAGGGCCACCAUGGGGACAUGAAACCAUGAGGCCACCAAGGAGCCACCACAGGGCUGUGAGGACACCAACCCACAUGGCCACCACCAGACCACCCCACCCCACCAGAAUCCCCCAGAGCCCCAGUUCCCCAGUGGUUCCCCAGUGGUUCCCCAGUGGUUCCCCAGUGGUUCCCCAGUGGUUCCCCAGUGGUUCCCAGUGGUUCCCCAGUGGUUCCCCGGUGGUUCCCCGUGGUUCCCCGUGGUUCCCCAGUGGUUCCCAGUGGUUCCCCAGUGGUUCCCCGUGGUUCCUGGUGGUUCCCCAGUGGUUCCCCAGUGGUUCCCCGGCGGUUCCUGGUGGUUCCCAGUGGUUCCCAGUGGUUCCCCAGUGGUUCCCGGUGGUUCCCCAGUGGUUCCCAGUGGUUCCCCAGUGGUUCCCGGUGGUUCCUGGUGGUUCCCCAGUGGUUCCCAGUGGUUCCCCAGUGGUUCCCAGUGGUUCCCCAGUGGUUCCCAGUGGUUCCCCAGUGGUUCCCAGUGGUUCCCCAGUGGUUCCCGGUGGUUCCUGGUGGUUCCCCAGUGGUUCCCAGUGGUUCCCCAGUGGUUCCUGGUGGUUCCUGGUGGUUCCCCACGGAUCCCCAGCAGUUCCUGGUGGUUCCCCGGUCCCACCUUGGCGCGCUCGGCGUCGCGGGCGCUCUGGCCCAGCAGGAACACGGUGAGCGACGGCGUCUUGGGCUUCUUGGAGAUGUUGAUGAGCUCC